AACGAAAUGAACACGCCUGUCUUAAACCCGAAAUGCGACCAGAUUACCCUUUAGACCCCCCCACUAGGCCCCUACCCAAAAACCCUAACCCCCUCUAAAACUAUCCCUCCAUUCCCCAAAUUGAAACCUCUCAUUCUCUCAACUUCCCUCUGCAAUGGCGGAAUCUCCUGUAACCACAACGGAAGCUCCUCCAACAAUGGAGGAUACUCCUUCAACACUUACAGAAACUCAUCAGACAAUGACAGAACCUAAAUCAAACUCUCCACAUCCAGAACCUUCAUCAAACUCUCCACAUCCAGAACAACCAACACUAGGAAAGAGAAAACAAUCCGAACUCGAACAACAACCACCACCACCUCAAUCACCCGAACAACAACAAAAUCAGCAAGAAUCACAGCAAAACUCACAACAACCAGCCUCAAAACGACGAAAUUCAACUCGCACAUGCGUUCACGAAGUAGCAGUACCAAAACAUUUCAUCUCCGACAAAGACGAAUCCAUUCAUGGAACUCUCGCAAACCCUAGCUUUAACGGUUCAUCAGCCAAAACUUAUCCUUUCACUCUCGACCCCUUCCAGCAGGUCUCAAUCGCCUGUUUAGAGCGCAAAGAAUCCGUCCUCGUUUCCGCGCACACUUCCGCCGGAAAAACAGCGGUCGCUGAGUACGCAAUUGCAAUGGCGUUUCGCGAGAAGCAGCGUGUAAUCUACACUUCACCACUUAAAGCAUUGAGCAAUCAAAAGUACAGAGAAUUGAACCAGGAGUUCAGUGAUGUCGGUCUUAUGACUGGCGAUGUUACGAUCUCUCCGAAUGCGAGUUGUUUAGUCAUGACCACCGAGAUUCUUCGUGGUAUGCUAUACAGAGGGUCUGAGGUAUUGAAAGAGGUUGCUUGGGUUAUAUUUGAUGAGAUACAUUAUAUGAAGGAUAGAGAGAGAGGGGUUGUUUGGGAGGAGAGUAUUAUUUUCUUGCCUACUGAGAUUAAGAUGGUGUUUUUAUCGGCUACAAUGUCGAAUGCUACGGAGUUUGCUGAGUGGAUUUGUAAUAUUCAUAAGCAGCCUUGCCAUGUUGUUUAUACCGAUUUUCGGCCUACGCCUUUGCAGCAUUAUGUGUUUCCUGUUGGUGGGUCAGGGUUGUACUUGGUGGUGGAUGAGAAUGAGCAAUUUAGGGAAGAUAACUUUUUGAAGCUUCAAGAUACCUUUGUGAAGCCCGCGAAUGGGAUGAAGGCUGCUGCUGCUAAGGCGAGUGCGAGGAUUGCUAAAUCUGGGUCGGGUCCUAAAGGCGGUUCAGAUAUUUACAAGAUUGUGAAGAUGAUCAUGGAGCGCAAAUUUCAGCCUGUUAUUGUAUUUAGCUUCAGUAGAAGGGAGUGUGAACAGCAUGCAAUGUCCAUGUCGAAGCUUGACUUCAAUACAGAAGAAGAGAAAGAUGUUGUGGAGCAGGUUUUCAAAAAUGCGAUUUUGUGCUUGAAUGAGGAGGACAGGAGCCUUCCUGCUAUUGAGUUGAUGUUGCCACUUCUUAAACGGGGAAUUGCUGUACAUCAUUCUGGGCUUCUUCCAAUAAUUAAAGAAUUGGUGGAGCUUCUUUUUCAAGAAGGGCUUGUGAAGGCCCUAUUUGCCACUGAAACUUUUGCAAUGGGAUUAAAUAUGCCUGCAAAAACAGUUGUUUUUACGGCAGUUAAGAAAUUUGAUGGUGAUAGCCAUCGUUAUAUUGGAUCUGGUGAGUAUAUCCAGAUGAGUGGAAGAGCUGGUCGUCGUGGCAAGGAUGACCGAGGCAUUUGCAUUAUAAUGAUUGAUGAACAGAUGGAAAUGAAUUCCCUAAGAGAUAUGGUGUUGGGUAAGCCAGCUCCACUUGUCAGCACUUUCAGACUGAGCUAUUACUCAAUUUUGAAUCUAAUGUGCCGAGCUGAAGGCCAAUUUAAUGCUGAACAUGUUAUUAGAAAUUCCUUUCACCAAUUCCAGUAUGAGAAGGCUUUGCCUGAAGUUGAGAAAAAGAUUGAGAAGCUCGAGCAGGAAGCUGCUAUGCUUGAUGCUUCUGGAGAGUCUGAUGUUGCAGAAUACCAUAAGCUAAGACUUGAUUUAGCGCUACUUGAGAAGAAGAUGAUGUCCGAGAUUACGAGGCCGGAGAGAGUUCUUUACUACCUUCUUCCUGGGAGAUUGGUUAAGAUACGUGAAGGAGGAACCGACUGGGGCUGGGGAGUUGUGGUCAAUGUGGUGAAAAAGCCCCCUGCCACAUCAGGAACUGUGCCACGUGGUGGAGGCUAUAUAGUUGAUACUCUGCUUCAUUGCUCCCCUGGUACAAGUGAGAAUGGUUCAAGGCCUAAACCAUGCCCCCCUCGUCCUGGGGAGAAGGGUGAAAUGCAUGUGGUUCCUGUGCAGUUGCCCUUAAUAGCUGCUCUUAGUAAGCUCCGGAUAUCUAUACCUCCAGACCUUCGGCCUGUUGAGGCAAGACAAAGCAUACUUCUAGCUGUACAGGAAUUAGAAAGACGGUUUCCUCAAGGACUCCCAAAGCUUAAUCCUGUUAAGGAUAUGGGUAUUGAAGAGAAGGAAAUUGUUGAGUUGGUCAGUCAAAUUGAGGAACUUGAACAGAAAUUAUUUUCACAUCCAAUGCACAAGUCCGAAGAUGUCCACCAGGUGAAAUGUUUUCAACGAAAAGCUGAGGUGAAUCAUGAAAUUCAACAGUUGAAGUCGAAGAUGCGUGAAUCUCAGCUUCAAAAGUUUCGAGAUGAGCUAAAAAACCGGUCGCGAGUUUUGAAGAAGCUUGGUCAUAUUGAUGCUGAUGGUGUUGUCCAAUUGAAGGGACGGGCUGCCUCGUUGAUAGACACCGGUGACGAACUUCUUGUUACUGAACUGAUGUUCAAUGGUACAUAUAAUGAUCUGGAUCAUCAUCAAGUUGCCGCCCUUGCAAGUUGCUUUAUCCCCGGAGAUAAGUCAAAUGAGCAGAUUCAUCUGCGAGCGGAACUUGCAAAACCCUUACAGCAACUCCAAGACAGUGCACGAAGAAUAGCACAGAUACAACAUGACUGUGGGCUGGACGUAAAUGUUGAAGAAUAUGUUGAGUCAACUGCGAGACCGUACUUGAUGGAUGUGAUUUACUGUUGGUCAAAGGGAGCCAAUUUUUCCGAGGUUAUACAAAUGACUGAUAUAUUUGAGGGAAGUAUUAUAAGACUGGCAAGAAGACUUGAUGAGUUUCUAAAUCAGUUGAAAGCUGCUGCUAGUGCAGUGGGAGAGGCCAAUCUGGAGAACAUGUUUGCAGAGGCAAGUGCCAGCCUCCGUCGAGGUAUUAUGUUCGCCAACUCCCUUUACUUGUAGCUGCGAUGGUUGCAUCAUCUGACAAAUUAUACAAGCCUUCAAAUUGUAGUCCAUUGUAUAAAUGUAAGAUCUUUGUGUUUACAAAUUUAGGAAGCCAUUAAAGAGUUAUGAAUAAGCAUAAUCUCCAUAUAUAUUAAUUGUAAUCUCAGUUUUGGCCAAGGGUAGGUUUCAAAUGGAAUAUUGUUUUGUUUUUUUAGCUAUUUGAUACUCCUAACUUGUCGCUAGAGUGCUUGUGCAUGUGUGCACACAUGCUUUUUGGAGCGCUAUUAUAAAUUAAGUUGCCAUCCAAGAAGAGUUUCAUCCACA